UCACAUUGUCGCUCGUGAGGAUGAUGAUAUACUGUAGUGCAUGUCAUGACGCGUUCAGGUUCCCUCCGACGCGGUUGAAUCGCAGCAGGAUGAGUGGAUUCUUCACCAAAAUAUGUGCAUGUUUUUUGGACUUAUAUGCUUUGCAAAUGUUUUUGAGUCAUUGUAUUACAUUUUAUUAGCAUGGUCAGGAUAUAUUUGCUGUGUGUAAUGUAUUUCAGUAUAAUAUCUGGUUUCGUAUUAUUGUAAGUGUUGGUUUUCAUACGUGGCUCUUAAUUUUAAGCCUUCCACUUUCACUUAAUUUACAUUGUUUGAUACUUUACAUUAACAUGUCUAACUUGCCUUAUAAUACAUUCAUAUAUAUUAAAUUAAUGCUCAAAAUAUUAGAAAUACUUGCUUUACGUCGCCAGAGUUGUGUCUAUUGCCUGCAUUGAGGACACCUGCAGCCAAUCAGCUCAUUAAUUCACUUCCUGGAAGAGCCGCAGCGGGCUCUUUGAUUGGCUCAGAGGUCUGAUUAGUUUACUUUAGCCAGCCUGCGCCACGUCACCGCCCCCCUCCAAAGUCGCUCCCCCGUAAUUUACGAAGAAGUUUGACGUGAACAGACUUUAAACUGCCUGCUUAAUCACCUCAGAAGACGCCAUCUCCAAGCUAACAUGGCAGUCAGACUGUGCGAUGUGGCUUCUCUGCUUAGAAGCGGUUCGUGGGCGCCCGAGCCUUGGACUGGGCAGGUAAUCGCCGCCAUGGAAUCACAGCUGUCCAAUGGGCCGUCGUGCAACAACACGAGCAACGGCCCGUCCACCAUGUCCAACAACUGCUCCUCGCCCGUGGAGUCGGGCAGCAUGGAGGAGAGUAAAACUAAUUUGAUAGUCAACUAUUUGCCUCAGAACAUGACACAAGAGGAGCUCAAGAGCUUGUUUGCCAGCAUCGGCGAGAUCGAGUCCUGUAAGCUUGUCCGGGACAAAAUUGCAGGGCAAAGCCUGGGCUACGGCUUUGUCAACUAUGUGGAUCCCAAAGAUGCAGAGAAAGCCAUCAACACUUUAAAUGGCUUGAGACUUCAGACCAAAACCAUUAAGGUUUCCUACGCACGUCCAAGCUCGGCCUCCAUCCGUGAUGCAAAUUUGUAUGUCAGUGGCUUGCCAAAGACCAUGACUCAGAAAGAACUGGAGCAGCUCUUCACUCAGUACGGCCGAAUCAUUACCUCACGCAUCCUGGUGGACCAGGUGACCGGUCUUUCCAGAGGGGUCGGCUUCAUCCGUUUUGACCGACGAGUGGAGGCCGAGGAGGCCAUAAAGGGCCUCAAUUGCCAGAAGCCGCCCGGCGCCACCGAGCCUAUUACAGUGAAGUUCGCCAACAACCCCAGCCAGAAGACCAGCCAGGCACUGCUCUCCCAGCUGUACCAGUCGCCCAAUCGAAGGUACCCAGGACCGCUCGCACAGCAAGCACGCUUCAGGCUGGAUAAUCUGUUGAACAUGGCUUAUGGUGUGAAAAGCAGGUUCUCCCCCAUGGCCAUUGACGGGGUGACCAGCCUGGCAGGCAUCAACCUCCCAGGCCACCCUGGCAGCGGCUGGUGCAUCUUUGUCUACAACCUGGCCCCUGACGCCGAUGAGAGCAUCCUGUGGCAAAUGUUUGGGCCAUUCGGCGCCGUCACCAACGUCAAGGUCAUACGCGACUUCAACACGAACAAGUGCAAGGGGUUCGGCUUCGUCACCAUGACGAACUACGACGAGGCGGCCGUGGCCAUUGCCAGCCUGAAUGGGUACCGCCUUGGGGACCGCAUGCUGCAGGUGUCGUUCAAAACCAACAAAACGCACAAAGCCUAAAACACAAAUGUACCAACAUUAAUUUUCUACGUUAUGAAAACGAAUCUGCGGGAUUUCUUUGGUUGUUUUUUGCUUUGAAAUUUUGUAUACUUUGAAAAACGGGUACAUAGGUUUAGUCGUUCCGUUGCGCCAAGUCUUGUGCGGUGUUGUGAUUCCUUUUUGUAUCCCGAUUUAUUUUUUUGCUGCCUCGAGUGCUUAACUUCCUUCAGACUAUUUUAUCGGGUUUGUCGUAUUAUUCUCAACGUCCAUCGGCCACAUAAUGUCGCUUACUUUAAAGUUGUAACCGGGAAAGACACAAAAAAUCUAUAUAUUGCCAAAGAGCGAAGAACCUCUUUGGGUUUAAAAAAAACAAAACAAAAAAAAACAAAAAAAAAUCUAUUUUUAUAAAAAAAAAAAAAAUCCAAAAUAAAAAAAUUGGAGCAAACUUUUUACUGGUCCUGAAACAAUAAUACGGGGGAAAAAAAAUAUUUUGACUGGGAAAUUUCUUCGUAUGACAACCCUUGUGAGCUUAACGGGAGAGGUUGCAGCCGGGAGACCCUUGUGAUGUAAAAAAUGUUUUGUAUCCUCUUUGCCAAUUUCUGUUUUUUUUUUUUUUCAUUUGCCGCUUAACGAUUUGACUUGACGACAAAACUGGGCCUCUAAUCCACAGUAUAUAUUUUUUUGUUACGUUGAAGGCCAUCAGUUGAAAUUUGUCGCUCUGUUUUGGUAUGUAGAUAGUUUCACUUCUUCCGAGAAAACCUGGUUAUGUUAUGUGUGUUUAUUUAUAUAUAUAUUUAUAAAUAUAUAUAUAUAUAUAUAUAUAUAUAUCCUGUCUUUAAAUGCUUUAAAAGUUAUAAUAUAAGUGACAAAAUUAGGCAACAUACUUCAAAGCCCUUAAAGAGCAGUGUGCCAUAUGCAUUAUACUGUGGUUUUUUUUGUUGUUUUUUUUAUUCAUGUAAAACAUUUUGCAUUGUGAUGCCCCCAAUUAGACUUUGUUUUUGUUGCGUUUUUUUCUAAAGGGUCUGGCAUGCAAAUAUGCUCCCUUACUUCUUAUGGCUUUAAUGUAAGGACAGUUCAUUUAGCUGUUUUGUUGUUUGUUGUCGUUGGAAAACAGAUUGUUUGAGUAUAUAAAGGAGCGAUGUACGUGUUUGGUUUUUUUCAAGUCCAAAAACAAUUUAACCCCAACAUACCCCUUUUGAGUACAUCAAUAAAUAAGUUUGAAGGGCAAAAAGCUGACUUGGAUUGUUAUUUUUUAAGUAGGUUCUAUGUAAAAUGCAACAAGAGGGAACGGGAGAGAACAAGUGGGGUUUUUUAGGAAAGGAUUUAUUGCAGACAAAGCGAAAUAGGCCGUUCAUCAGCUGUGGUUUGAGACCACAGCUUUUUAAAAGCCAAAAUCUUGGCAAAAAAGAGUUGAUUUGAAACGAGGAGCUUUUUCCGCUGGCUUUAAUACAUUCAUGCAAAUGCAGUCAGAGUAACAGUUGCACGAUUAAUGCCAUGUUACCUGGUUUCCUUUUUAAUUUAGGGUAACUGAAGGACUUAACAGACGAAUAACCGUGAGUCCUGGUUCAAUUUAAAAAAAAAAAAAAAAAAAAAAAGUGGAGUUUUUGAACGACUCAGUCAAUACUCGACCAUCAGUGGUCUAAAUUAGGAAAUGCUUUGCUCAGAGUUUGACUCUGUAGCACUGAAAGACAAACGGCUCCUUGCUGCAGCAUGAGGUCAAAAGAAGUACAAAAGGAACACGAUAGGCCGUCUCCACAUGUUGCAUUGUGCUUCUGAGUUCAUCAUUUCAUAUAUUUUUGUGAAUAUCACUGACAUUCACGACUGAUCACUGCACUCGUGGCCUUAUGAGACACCGUUUUCAUGUUCACGUUUCUAGUUGCACUAAAUGUGCACGAUGACGGGAAUGUUCUGCUUUCUAUUUUCCUUUAUUUCGUACUCUAAGUGAAGCAGGACAUACAGUCGUGAAAAAAUUAGGACACCCCAUGGACGCCUGUGUGUUUUCGAACAUAUUUGGUCAUAUGGAUAUUUAACACGGUGGUCUAGCGGUUAGCACGUUGGCCAAUACAGGAACAGCCUGGAGAUCGGGAAGACCUGGGUUCGAUUCUCCCCUGGCAUUUCUGUGUGGAGUUUGCAUGUUCUCCCCGUGCGUGCGUGGGUUUUCUCCGGGUACUCCGGCUUCCUCCCACAUUCCCAAAAACAUGCAUGUUAGGUUAAUUGGCGACUCUAAAUUGUCCAUAGGUAUGAAUGUGAGUGUGAAUGGUUGUUUGUCUAUAUGUGCCCUGCGAUUGGCUGGCGACCAGUCCAGGGUGUACCCCGCCUGUCGCCCGAAGUCAGCUGGGAUAGUCAGCAUACCCCCGCGGCCCUAAUGAGGAUGAAGCGGUAUAGAAAAUGGAUGGCUGGAUGGAUAUUUAAUAUCAAUUUUAACAAUCUUGAGAGAUUCCAUGAAUAGAACUAAACAAAUAAAACUGAAAAAAUGAUUUUUUUAUAACUUUGUGUAAAAUGUAAUUUUAAAUAAAUGCAAUUUCUGUUGAGGAAUAAAUUAGGACACCCCCACAUUCAAUCCCACUUAAAAUGGCUAACGUCACACACAGGUGUAUCACAUCAGGUGCACAUGAUUAGAACAUCAUUACCCAGCGUUUUGAAGGAGGCUUGCCUUAUUUAAACCUCACAUUUAGUUUGGUGUGCCCCUGACUGAUGGAGUGAGCGAAAACACCACGGUGAGAUCAAAGGAGCUGUCUGAGGCCUUCAGAAAGAAGAUUGUAGACGCUUAUGAGUCUGGUAAGGGAUUUAAAAAGAUCUCAAAAGAAUAUAAAAUCAGCCAUUCCACUGUCCGGAAAAUAGUCUACAAGUGGAGGACAUUCAAAACAACUGCCAACAUGCCCAGGUCUGGCCGCCCAAGCAAGUUCACCCCGAGAGCAGACCGCAAGAUGCUAAAAGUCUCCAAAAACCCUAAAACGUCAUCAGGGGACCUACAGCAGGCUCUUGCUACUGUUGAUGUGAAAGUGCUUGCCUCUACAAUCAGAAAGAGACUUCACAAGUUUAACCUUCAUGGGAGGUGUGCAAGGAGGAAACCUUUGCUCUCCAAGAAGAACAUGAAGGCCAGACUGAAGUUUGCCAGAGUGAAUGUAGACAAAGACAGGACUUCUGGAAUAAUGUUCUUUGGACAGAUGAAUCUAAAAUUGAAUUAUUUGGACGCCAGAACAGAGGACAUGUUUGGCGUAAACCCAAUACAGCAUUCCAGGAAAAGAACCUCAUACCAACUGUGAAGCAUGGAGGUAGAAGUGUCAUGGUUUGGGGAUGCUUUGCUGCAGGAGGACCUGGCCAGCUCACCAUCAUAGAAUCCACCAUCAAUUCUAUCGUGUAUCAGAGGGUGCUUGAGGAACAUGUGAGAUCAUCUGUGAAAAAAUGAAAGCUAAAGCGAAACUGGACUCUGCAACAUGACAGUGACCCAAAACAUACCAGUAAGUCCACCAGGGACUGGCUGAAAAGGAAGAAAUGGAGAGUCCUCAAACAUCUCACAGCUGAAAGUAUUCUGCGUUGAGUCGGGCAAACUUUCUUCAGACCGAUGUCAAAGACUGGUAGAUGGCUACAAAAAGCGUCUCACUGAAGUUAUGGUGGUGGGGUGUCCUAACCUUUUCCUCAGAAUAUGCAUUUUUGUUGAUAUAUUUUGUUUAAUGAGUAAAACAAUGUUAUUUUUUGUUGUUUACCUGCAAUUAAAUCACUUUCUUUUCCAGAGAUAAAGAAAAACAAGAUCAAAGCUAGCAGUGGUGAAGACAUUCAGGCGUAGAAGUUGUCCCUUAUUUUAUUGUCAGGGAGUUGGCAACCCUAGUUGGACAUAUGCAGUCAAAGGUCAAAUUAAGUUCACCUGUAAGGUUAUUCUGCAUUUGAAGUUCAUCCUGAAAUUUCAACUGAAAAACCCACUACCCCUAACUCUUAUUUUUUUUUUUGUGAGUAGUGUGAACGUGCGGUUAUGUGUGCGUUACCCUUGUCCAGUCUUCUCGGAGCCUCCUGUUCCACCAUGAAACAUGAACACAUUUGAAAUCUUACUGCACAGCAACUACAGACAAAACUGCAAUGGCAAACGCUCCCUCUGCUGUGGAGAGACGUGUUCCAAGCACGACGUUCACAUGAACAAAACUGCACCUGGAAAAUCAGCGUGUUGGCUUUCAAAAGAGCUCAAAGAAGACACGCCUCUCCUCCAAAUUGCUCAAGCACAGCUUUAUAUUGACUUUAGGUACAGCUUCUUUUUAAGCGUUUUAGCCUAAAGAUUCCAGAAUACUACGGGACUACAGACUUCAAUUAAAAAUGUUUUGUUUUGAGAACAUCUUAAACAUCUGUCAACUUUUAGAGGGACUUUGCAACCUAUCAGUUUGAAUCUUAGUUCUGCAUUAUGCAUACUAAAAUGUAGGUCUGCUAAAACUAUGUAUAAUGUUAAAUACAGUGUUCCCUCGUUUAUCGCUGCAUAAGUUCCCAAAAUAGCCCGAAAUAAGUGAAAUCUGAAAAGUAGCCAACUUUAUUAUUUUUUUUUUUUUACAAUUAUUAUAUACUGUACAUUUUAAGGCUGUAAAACACCUCCCAAUACACUUUGUAUACUUUUAUUACACGGGCAUUAUCACAUUUCUCUUGUUUAAACACUCAAAAAAGUGGAAACCGUGGUUUGAUCAACCUGCUAGGUUGGACACAAGAAAUGAUUCAGUGACUCACGUGGAUUUCACUCCUCCGACUGUGCCUCUUCGACGCCCUGGCACCAUUCCUCUGUGCUAUAGCUUUUGGUAUCCUAUUUAAAACAUACUGCUCCUGUCGUAUUUUCCUCCUCGUCCUCCUCAAACCGAAGAUUUAUUUAUUCCGUAAUGGCGCCCUACAGGCGCAACUACUACUUCCUCCUCUGCUUUUUGGGUGCGACCGCGGGUGCCUUUGACGGUGCAGUACGUUCCGUCGACAUUGCGGGUGCUGUCGGGGACAAAACCUGCAAACAUACAGCACUUCAGAGUCACAAUGCUAGCGAUCGAACAUUUCUGGGAAUUUGGCGAGCCGAACGCAUUCUGUACCGCACGGGACGGCACGGAGGAGACCGAUUGACAAUGAUCUACAGUCCCUAAGCCAAUCAGGAUGCAGAACACAAUGCGUGGGUUCCCCCAUAGCCAAUCAGGACGCAGACACAAUACAUGUUCAUAUACGCUGUAAAAAAGAAGAGCGCUAAAAAAAAUUCUGCGAGUCCGCGAAAGGUGAACCGCGGCGUAGCGAGGGGACACUGAAUACGGACUUUUACUCCCGCUGUGCGUGCACCGCCAUUGUUGGGCUCUAAAUAUCAAUCAUCAGGUGUACCACAGUGGCUGGUCAUGAUGCCUCUUUAUGGUUUGAAUAGAAUACGUUGGGAUUAUUCCGAUACAGUAAUGAGUUAUCAUCUACAAGUACUCACAUUCAGUCAUUAUAUGAUGGAUUUUAGUCACAGUGCUUUUUCCGCCGACACUCAGCAAGGCUAUUUUCUUGAGAGGACUUAGUGUGCUAUUAACUCGUUCAACACGAGGUAAGGCCGCUUGCUAAUAAUCUUUACAUCAUGAUUACGGAGACCUGAUAAAAAAUGGGCACCUUUUGAGAUACUUAUGAGCUGCGGCGCUGCUUUUUGUUCAUCGCUGCAAGCGAUACAUGAUUGAUGCGAUGCGUCGUGCCUUUGCGGCUGUUAAGUCAUUUUAUUUGGUAGUUAUGAUUCUCAUAUUUAUUUGUAAUGUUCUACAUUUUAGUGUUUUUAUGUUUUUGUAUUAUUUUAGCUGAAAGGCUAAGUAACGAGCGCGGGACAAAGACAAGGACACGAUGUCGACAAAAAGACAGUCGAGUGGGAGUGACGCCAUGAAUCACUGCAAAAGAUGACAAAUGCUGAAAAAAGGACAAUGGACGGGGGACAGAGAAGACGACAAAACAUGACAAUCCACCGAUCCACCCAUUCGCUGGGUCCAGAAGCCGAAAAUAACUGUCUCCGUCCCUCACGCCCCUCUGACGUCAGCAGUAACACGUUUCUCCUGUGGUGUCUAUCUAGCCUCUUUGCCCCGCACGCGCUACACCAUCCUUGACUCAAACGGUAAAAACUAGCAAAAUAAAUUCCGUACGCUGACAUAUUUACGCUUGUCUGUCCGUUCUGUUAAUUAGUUAGCCUCGAGCGAAAACAGGCAAUUACAAAAAAAUACGUAAAGUGUCUUUUGGUUCCUUUGUCUGUCAGGCUACUUUCAGUUCAUGGAGAAAGACGAAAGAUGUCCGUACUAUUUGUAUUCUAGAACGGGGUGGGAUGGGGGUUUUUUGUAUCAUGACUGAAAUCAUAAAAAAGGAAAUGAAAUCUGACCAAAAAGCGUAAAGCAAAACACUUUUUAAAAAGUGCAUGUCUGGUUACUUUCGCUUCGUGGAAAAUUACGUAGGAUAUUUGGACUGUACCAUUUCCAAUGUAGGGCAGGUUGGAUGUUUUCAUGGAGACUUAAAACGACAAACGGUUAAUAAAUUCUACCACUGAGAAAAACGGUGUGGCGAGAUACAAUGGAACCUCAGUUUUCGUAACCCCCGGCUUUUGUUGCAUCGACAAAAAUAUGUCUCAGUUUUGGCACACUGUCUUGGUUAUCGUACGGCCAAACCAGUCGAGUGCCCAAAGACAGCAUCCACAUGUGUGACAUGUUUGAAGACUGAAUAGUGGUUCUGUUAGAGUUGGGACAGUCUAGACAGAAUCCUGGGAACCCUUUAACCGUCUUUAGUAUGUGUGUGGGGGCGCUUUAUUUGUUCACAGAACGGGCACAGAAUGAUGAACAACUCCGCAUCUGUCGCUGUCCUUCCUCCUUUCAGGCACUGUGCGGGGUAAGAACUCAUUGCAAAUUACAAAGGUAGAGUCUGUUAAAAUAGGAUUGUAAUGAGUUCCUUGGUUAACACAGGUUGCAGAGGGAACGGUUUAAUGGAGACGCAUGGUGUCAUUGGUGUCUCACAGAUAGAUAGUGAGCUGGGCCAGUGUGUCAUUUAUUAAUAAAUGUCCGCUGUUUUGUGGCUGACUAUGGAGUGUUAUUAGUCACAAAAUAUUGAAAAACCAGUUAUGUAGUAUUCUGGCCACUAGGCGUCAGUAAUGUUGCAUGACAUUAGAUUACAUUACCUUCAUUUGCUGUGGCAAACGUCAAAAUUAAAUUAUUCUCUCUGUGCCAAAAUGUUAUAGGCUUAAAACUAACAAGCAAUAAGAUCAACGCAUAAUUUGUCGCAACAAAAUCUAGACGGUAAAUAAAAAAAAAAAUCCCAUCUGUUUCUUUAUGUCUUUCUCUUUAUCUGCGAGUCUGCUGCCAGGAGUUGCGAGGAUGUCAAUCACGACCGCUGCCACCCCUUCCCCUCCCCUGCGGAAUAAUGGUUGUGUUGCAUUGUGUCGGAUUGCAUUAGGUUUGAGUGAAUAACGGUGGCUGGCGGAGCUAGCGUCAUGUUUUUUGAAGCCGAGCGCCUGCGACAGGCUCUCCCACACUGUUCCCUGACUCGAAAACAUUAAAAAAAACAGUGAAAGGGACAUUUGCUACAUAUUGAUUGACAGUCUUUUGCGUAUUUUGGGUGAUAACAAUAUUUCUUGGCAUUGAGCUCCCACCUACUAAACAGUCUGGAACAGGAGUGUUGACACCUUGGCUUUGAACCUCAUUGGCUAGCAUUAAAAUGAAUGUAUAAAUCACACGGUGCAAAGUUUUAUAAAGUGCCUGUGCAGAGUCAGUCACUAACAAUCGGGUGAUGUUGAUGAAUAUGCAUGACGAUGAUGUAACAAACGCCUCUGAGCUGACCUACUUCUACGACUCCCUUCUGACAGCGUUGCAAGUGAUCCCGACUCUGUGCUGUUAGAGGCUAGGCUAGCCAACUUUCCCAGACGUUUCCCCGGCUUAAAUUACAAUGAAAGUCAAACAGCAUGGCACCCGGUCAAGACUCUACUAUAUUUGAUUGCGUUAUACGGUUGGUGUGUUUGCAUUUGAUCAUUUUUAGAUACACUAGCUGAGAAGGCUAGUUGUAUACGCCAAUGCAAAUGUUUUGUAUAAAUCGAAUGUGUAGUUUCUGCGUGGAAACUUAUUACUAAUCACUUCAAUGAUACCUGAAUAAGUCAUGAUAUUAAUAGAACAACAAUCUUUUCAUGUACUAUCUAUCUUCCACAUAGAAACGAAUACACAAAACAAAACAAAAACAAACACACAGAAGUAAGGACGUUGUAAUGUUCCGUGGAAAUCAAUAACAUUUUUGCAACAAAUGGUGAUCAAAAUAAUUCCACCCCUCUAUGUCAUGUCAUGCGUACAUUAAUAAUAAGAAGAAGAAUGGAUUAGAUUGUAUAUAGCGCGCUUCAAGGUACCCAAAAGUGCUUAAGAAUAACAUGAAGCAUGGAAGGCUUAUGGUUUAACUGUCCUGAAUCAACAGAAUGCUCUGUGGUUCAAAACGAUAGAAGGAUUUAAAAUAAAUACAAUUCUACCAUCGCUAACGACUUCCAGAAGUAAAGACAUUUGGGGACUUGAUGAUACGCUCAUCAUACAACACGAAGACAUUCUUGUAACUUCUAUGAGUUAUAUCACAAUAAAUCCAGGAUUCCCAAAUGCUCUUAAAACUGUAAUCAUCACUCCAAUAUUCCAAAGCGGGGACAAACAUGAAGUAUGCAAUUAUAGACCUGUCGGCAUACGUCCUGCGGUCUCCAAGGUUAUUGGGAAAGUCGUUGUUGAACAGUCAGUGGAACAUUUGAAUAAAAACAACUUCUGACUGUACAUCCUAUGCAGUUUGGAUGAAGAACAAACCACUUUACGGAAACAGCAUGUUAUUUCCCUGAGCAGGUAAAAGCCAAACUGGACAAAGGAGGGCUUGUGGGGGCGUAUUUUGGACCUUUGUGAGGCACACGGUGCUAAUUUCUAAGAUACGAGAUGAUAAUCGAGAUUAUCGUUUAUCUCACGGUGCACGGAGUUGAUCCAAUCAUAUCUUAGUGACUGUGUGCAACAUGGAAAGAACUACAACUACAGCUUGUAAUAUGGGUGUCCCACAGGGUUCCGUUUUUUGACCAUUAUUUUUCACUAUCUACAUUAAUGAUCUUCCUUCGGUGUGUGGUGAAGUGGACAUGCACAUGCACACACAUGCCACUGUCAUCCAUGUCCGUGGAAAGGAUGCUGCGAGUGUAGCUAACAAACUCACUACAGUUAUAGACAAUAUCGCAGACUGGCUUACACUAAAGUCUGUACCGCAGAUUUUUGUCCAAAAACCCCCCUACAAAGUUCGUAUUGUGAAGGAGUUCAAAUAUCUUGGUGUUAUUUUGGAUCCAACAUUUGGAUUUAAAAAGCAUAUCCAUAAAAUGUGCAAUACUGCAUUCAGACACAUUAGAAAUAUGCUCUCUUACAAUGCUGCACAAAUGUAUUUAAAUUCUAUUCAUAUUCAGUCAUAUUAAUGUGUGUCUUCUUGGUCUCAAGCAAAUAAAAGGACAUUAAAGCCGCUAAAAUCACUCUAUAACAAGGUUUAAAAGAUAUGAGAAGCUUUUCAGGUAUGAUUGUUGUCAGAUCCUCAGUAAGUAUAACAUAAAGUUUUGACAAUUUAAUCGUCUACUCGGAUGUGCAAUUGAUUUGUAAGAUUUUGAAGAGAUUUGUACAGUUGUGCUCUGAGAAGACCACCGGAACGUCUCGGUGUACGGCUCGUAAUGACUGUAGACUUCCUCAAAGAAGCUCAGCCUUUGCACAGACAGCCUUUUCACUUGGAGCCAUCAAAGCACGGAAUAACCUUCCAAACAGUCUGAAGCUAUGUUCUGACCUGUACGAUUUUUCUCGAAAACAUCAGAAAAGUGUUACUGGGAUACCAGCGGUGUCAACAUGAACUACGUCAAUGGUCAUUUACGAAGUACGGUGAUAUAAUCAUUUGCAAUUGUUGGCUGAGGUGUGAGGAGUGAAUGGCUGUACUGUAGAUAGGCAUAUGGUUGGAUAAACUAUAUGGAUGUUGAGUAUUUUAUUGAUUUUAUUGACAUUGAUUUGAUGUUAUUGUGUUAACCCACCUGCCCGGGGACUGCACAUGGAAAGUAGCUAUAUCUAAAUCUGGUGUAAACCAUCUCUUCUUUUUGUAAAGAUUAAAGUGAUUAAGAUUAAUGUGCACAUUGUCCCUGUUAAAUAAAUAAUCAACUAAACUAAGAAUAACCACUUGGCCAACACUAAAAAGAAACUAUACUAACAAUAACAAAGUCUCAAUUGUGCUUGAGCUAGCCAUAUAGAAACUAGCAAAACAUGCUAGGAUAUUUUUCUUUUUAUUUUACAUGAAAUUAAAGCACGUAGACGUUAGUAUGAAACAUUUUCUAGAAAUUGGUCAACUACAGCCGUGAUCUAAACAAUAUCACUCACCAAAGCAUUUGUGAGAUGAUGAACUGUAGUUUUGGCGUAACCCUGCUAGCUAAACAGCUAGUAGUCAUUUAAGCAAUACCACUCAACUGUGGCAAUGUGGCAGGGAAUGGUGAUGUGUUGCACCACUGUCAGCUCAGCACAGUUAGGACGCCCAUGAGCUGCGGUGACCUUUAUGAUACCUCUGAAGGAGGUGGGGGGGGAGUUGGUGGUUUUCUUCUUUGUCAAAUGUACGCGGCACGGAUAUAUUGUAUGGAUAGAAUAUACUGUAUAAACGCUGACAUACUGUACAUGUUCGUGCAGCAUCAGUCUACUCUAAUGCGACUGGAAGGAGGAACAGAGCAGACGGCUGGCUGGAGAUACACUCUCACUGGCCCUGAAGCAUGGCUCUUUAUUUAGCAACACACAUACACACGCAUGCGUGCGCACACACACACACACACACACACACACGCAUGCUGUACACUCCCAAAGGCUUCAUGGCACUCUACCUGCAUCUACUUCCAUCAUUAUUAACACGAUUUUAACAGAGAGAGAGGAGAGCCUUUACUCGUCACUUAGACAGAGGUACAAGCGGAAUUGUGCAAUCACCCCUCCAUACAUAUACAGCAUACCCUACAAUAUGACGG